GGCCCUCCAGCCCCUCCAGUUUAGGGUAUGCCCCUGCCUUCUUUCCCUCCCCUUUCACCUGGCUUUUAAGGGCAGACGCGGCCCGCUGCUUCACAAAGCAGAGGAGCAGCGGCUCGCUGCGCUACGCUCUCUGGAAGGAGUGCACUGGGCAAAAACCUCUGACCAUGACCCGGGACAGGCUGCCCCCUCAGCCGCUGCUGCUGCUGCUGCUAACUCUGUUGCUGGCUGCGGGCUCAGGGUCCGCCUCCACGCGCGGGGUGCAGGCCAGCAGCUGUCGCGGGGGCUGCGUGGAGGAGGAAGACGCGGGGUCCCCUGCAGAGGGCUGUGCAGAAGCCGGGGGCUGUCUCAGGAGAGAGGGGCAGCUGUGUGGGGUCUACAUCCCGAAGUGUGCCCCAGGACUGCAGUGCCAACCGCGAGAGAACGAAGAGACCCCUUUGCGGGCGCUGCUGAUGGGCCAGGGUCGCUGUCACCGCCCCAGGGGGCCGUCGGAAGAGACUACAAAGGAAAGUAAACCUCACGGAGGUGCCUCCCGCCAACGCGAUGCAAGCCACAGAGACCGGCAGAAGAAUCCAGGGACCUCCACCACCCCUAUAAGGCCCAAUCCAGGGGGUGUUCAAGACACUGAGAUGGGCCCUUGUCGCAGACACUUGGAUUCAGUACUGCGGCAGCUCCAGACUGAAGUCUUCCGAGGUGGGGCACAGGGGAUCUAUGUGCCGAAUUGUGACCUCAGAGGCUUCUACAGAAAGCAGCAGUGUCGUUCCUCUCAGGGGAGUCGCCGUGGUCCCUGCUGGUGUGUGGAUCCAAUGGGCCGACCCUUGCCCGUGUCUCCAGAUGGCCAUGGGAACUCUCAAUGCUCUGCCAGGAGCACUGGCUAAAGCAGGGCGGGAGCCUCCAGGAUGCUCUCCAGAGCACAGGCUGUCAUCUGAACUAUGUGUGGGGUGAUGAGUAACUCAGGGGCUUUGUGCCCCAAGACCUGCCUUCAGGCCCUGUACCAUUGUUCCCCUCACCCUUGGGCCUUUCACAUCUAGUCAGAAAAAUUGUUGUUGGCUUGGGGUGCUAUGCUAAUAAAGCUGUGUUGGGGGUGCCUCUGGUCUA